CGCCCUGCACCGUUACAUUAAACGGAGCUCUGAAGAGGAAACAUGGCCUUCUACAACCAGCAGCCCUUUUUCAACCCGCAAAUCCCUUUCACGGGCUCCAUCCAUGGAGGACUGCAGACAGGAAAGGAGAUCACUGUGGCUGGCAGAGUCCUGGAGGGAACCAGCAGGUUUCAUGUGAAUCUGCAGUGCGGCUCAAGGCAGGGGGCGGAUGUGGCCUUCCACUUCAAUCCGCGGUUCGACAGCCUGCCUGGAUAUGUGGUGGCCAACACCUUCCAAGGCUCCAGAUGGGGGAGUGAGGAGAGGAAGUAUGAGGCGCCCUUCCCACAAGGCUCCAACUUCAGUCUCACCAUCAUCGUCAAUACCGAUGCUUUCACGGUUCUGGCAAAUGGGAUGAAAUUCAUGGAAUACAAGCACCGCCUUAAUUUUUCCCAAGUUGAUACCAUCACUGUGGACGGUGGGGUUGUGGUGACCUGCAUCUCAUUCCAGAACCCUGUGCCAUUUUCUGCACAACAGGCAUCUUUUGCUUAUGCUGCUCCUGUACAAGGAUAUCCUUCCGCUCCUGUGUAUGGAGCGCCGCAGUACUAUACCAUCCCGUACAAAACUGCAAUCAAUGGUGGGAUGUACCCGGGCAGGAGCAUUACCAUACAGGGUGUGGUCAACCCCAGUGCUAAGAGGUUCCAUUUCAACCUGUGCUAUGGCUCUGGGAUAGCAAUGCACUUCAACCCCAGGUUUGAUGAGAACACAGUGGUCCGCAACAGUCUGAUGAACAACAAGUGGGGUCCCGAGGAACGUCAAGGGGGCAUGCCCUUCGAAAGAGGACAACCUUUUACAGUGACAUUCAUCUGCAACGACCAGACCUACUUGGUGAUGCUCAACGGUGUGCAGAUGUUCACCUACAAGCACCGCCAUCUCCUUCUCCAGGAUGUUAACAUGCUGGAGGUGAAUGGAGAUGUGAGCCUGACCUCUGUGACCAUCUGAGUUGAAGAUCAGCAGUGAUAUCAGAUCAGUGUGUGAAAAGAGGAACAAAAUGUGUCUAAUAAGAUUACUCAUUUGCUGGCCACGAAAUAUACAAACAGCUAAAUGUAACUGUACUGCUUUGCAUGCUCUCACUUUGUAUGUUCUACUUCUUUAAAUUUUGCCUUAGAGACAAUUUAAUUCAUACUCACUUAUAAUACUGUGCAUUGCAUUUUAUCAUGCUUAAAAACACAUUAAAAUAAAAUCUAAUUUUUAUAUUACAAAUUCUUCUGCAUUUGCAGAAUGAAACAUGAAUAAAUAUCUUUAAAAUAAAAAUACAAGUACAAAAAAAGUAAAACAUUUCCAGGCACAAAAUUAAGAAAUUGAUAUUAAAACAACUGUUCAAUGAAU